UACCUUUCUUGCUCUUUAUACUUCCAUUACUCUGCUUAGAAUCUCAGUGUAACCUCACUUGCAGAUGGGGAAUGUAAAUCAAAAACAAAAACCCCAACAACUUGAACAUCAAAAUUCAUCAUCAUCAUCCACAUUCACUUGUGAGAUUUGCAUAGAACCAGUAACACAUCCCAACAAGCAAUUCAACAACAGUAACAAAUGCACUCACCCCUUUUGCACAGAUUGUAUCAUCAAGUACAUCCAAGUGAAGCUCGAAGACAACGUAUCCGACAUCAAAUGCCCAGCGCUAACCUGCGAUCGCUCACUCGACCCGUUAUCAUGCCAGCCAAAACUUCCACACCAACUGUUUAACAAAUGGUGUGACUUACUUUGUGACUCUGCCGUGUUAGACUUUGACAGGGCUUACUGCCCGAACCGAGACUGUUCGGCAUUGGUUGUUAACGAGUGUGGUGGUAGUUUAAAAAAAUGUGUGUGUCCCAACUGUAAGAAACCGUUUUGUUUUCGGUGUAAGGUUCCGUGGCAUGCGGGUUACAGGUGUGAUGAGACGGGGGAGAUUAUGGAUCGAAACGAUGUCGCUUUUGGUGUUCUUUUGGAGAGGAAGAAGUGGAUGAGAUGUCCUAAGUGUAGACAUUGUGUUGAGCUUGUGAAAGGUUGCUUCAUUGUUAGAUGCAGAUGUGGAGUUAAAUUUUGCUACGGAUGUGGUAAAACGGUGUGCAAUUGUCGAGCUUCUAUUCUAGACUACAUUUUUCGUUUCUGCAUAGUGAUUGUGGUUUUCAGUCUACUCUGUCUUUUAUUUACAUCCACAUGAUGAGAUAUAACAGUUCGAUUAUCGUACUAAUGUAAAUAAAACUACUAAAGAAGGAAAGUUUUAGCUCUAUGUUUGUGUUAUAUAUGUUGUUUGGUUCUGGAUUGAA